AAAGGAAAGAAACGGAUGCGCCGAAUUUGCAUAAACUUUCUGAUAGCCUUGAUAAAACGGUACUUAACAAAUCUAUUGCGGAAGAAAGACCGCCAGUGGUAUCAUUAAUACGUGCCGAAAAUGCUACAAAUAAUACUUCUUCUGCGCCGUCCAAUGUGGUGAAAAAGAUUCCAGAUGUAUCAACAAAUUUUACCAAACCUGAGACGGUACAACAAGCACCACCUCCGAAGAAGAGAAUAAGGAAAGUUGUCCGAGUCGUCAAACGUGUUAGGAAGCCGAAACCAGUUGUCCCGGGACAGAAACCAGAGUUGGCUUACCUCACAGAGACAUUCACAGCACUCAACAGUUCAACACUCAAGCCGGGAUACUACAACAGCACGGAGGUGGAAAAAAUGAGAAAACACAUCUUGAAGUUCUACAACCCAGAAAAACACUUGACAAUGACCACGUCGAACCUGCAAGUUGGCCAGCACGUUAAAUACGAAAUUCCAACGAAAAGUUACUUCAAUGUCACCGAGAACUUUUACAAGGUCGUCCCAAAGGUGUCACCCCUAAAGGGCCGCCAUUUUAACUCUUGCGCAGUCGUGGGGAAUUCUGGGAUUGUUCUAAACAGCAAAUGCGGUCAAGAAAUCGACUCCAUGGAUUUCGUUAUAAGGUGUAAUCUACCACCUACUUCGGGUUACGAAAAAGAUGUGGGAUCGAAAUCAAACUUUACAACAAUGAAUCCGUCGGUGAUCUCCGUGUAUUAUAGAAAAUUUCUGAAGAUUAAAAAGGACCACGAACGGUUGUUACGUCGACUGAGACAAAUCGGGGACCAGAUCUUGUACGUACCGGCGUUUACGAGCGGCGGUGGCAGGAAUAUGAACGAGGUCGCUGGGUUCAUGCUGCAAUAUAAUCUUCAGAUCAAGACGGCGUUUCCGCCACCGGGCAUCAACAAUAUCAUCAGAUCAAUCUGGAAAAAUUCGCAGUUCAGACUCCGCCGUCCGUCCACGGGGGCCCACAUGUACGCGCUGGCCGCUACCAUGUGUGACAGGAUCCACAUGUAUGGGUUUUACCCCUUCAGCACGGAUCCGUACGGAACACCCCUCAGGUACCACUACUACGAGAACUCGAAGAUGAUCAAAGUCGCCACGCACAACAUGCCGGAGGAGUUCAGGGCGUUGCAGAUGCUCCACCAGCGGGGCGCACUGGUACUGCACACAGAGCCAUGUCAGUGAUUCGUGAUUCGUGAUGAGAUAAACAUGGAGGUCAAAAUCUUGGAGGCUGGGAGAAAGAGACAGUGGAAUAUGCACAGAAUCAGCGUAGAUAAUAAAGGGUUAAUGCCCCAGCCCGAGGUG